CAACAGGAGUGGGCACUGCUGGUCAGGAAAGCAGCUGGAAGAAGGCGAGCCGUGACCUGCAAUAAUUCACAUUCAUUUAUUUCGUAUACCGACGAGCUGUUUUCACAGGCGUUCAAGUCACGAGCAGCCGGUGCACCCGCUGCUUUCAGCGGCUGAGAGAAAAUAUAAGUUUGCUAGCCCAGCGUUAGCUUAAUGCAACUGAGUUAGUUAGCUUGGUAACGGUGAUAGCAUCUCAGCCGCUGGAUCCCCUUUUUACUAUGGGCGUUUGCCGGCACAAUCCCCCCUCUUACUGGCUGACCUGCGCUGCACAAAACAUAAAGUAACUUAUAAACGCGGGAUUGGUUUGUUGGAGUAGCGACAUGACACGUGUGUAGCCCCUGUGCGUUACCGGUGUUAGCUCACAGAUCCCAGGUCGCGCUAGGAUAACGUUGUUUUUUUUCUGCUGCAGGACCUUCUAUACUUGCUAUUGAUUUUUAAUGUUGCAGCUCGGUUCAAAGCGUGUUGACAAACUAGUUACAGCUGCGUAGGACGUUACUGCAAGGGGUUACUGUAAACCCAUUUGACCGACGGCUUUACUUUUCCAAUAACAAAACAAUGACAACUAUGUGUGUCUGAAGCAGAAGAAUGAGCCCGCUUGGAAGGGAGAGGAUGCCUCCAUCUUUCACCGAAGACUGUCCAGCGUAACAAUAGCUGACCAACUGCUGGAGGGAACUGGGAAGCACGCUGCAGUGUGAGAAGCUACAGCCCUCGGCUUUAUUAAUUAGUCUCGUGUGCCUCUUCUGUCCCAUGGCUGCUGUUAGUGGUGUCAACAUGGUCUCCCAGCUCGGAAACGUGGCACUGGCAGGUCCAGGAGGAGCGGGGCUGCCCGCUGUGACCUUUACCAACACGUCGGUGUCCUCCAGCCCGACGCCAGGUUCUGACAACCGGGGGUGCGAGAACGGCGCCUUGAUGGACUCGUUUGGCAUUUUCCUGCAAGGACUUCUCGCUGUGAUGGCUUUUAGCACGCUGAUGUUGAAACGCUUCAGGGAGCCAAAACAUGAGAGGAGACCUUGGAGAAUCUGGUUCCUGGACACCUCAAAACAGGCCAUUGGGAUGCUGUUUAUCCACUUUGCUAAUGUCUACCUGUCAGACCUCACAGAGGAGGAUCCCUGCUCACUUUACCUCAUUAACUUCCUGUUGGAUGCUUCUCUGGGCAUGUUGCUGAUCUAUGCUGGGGUGAGAGCUGUCAGUGCGAUUGUAGAAUGGAGGCAGUGGGACUCUCUGCGUUUUGGAGAAUAUGGAGAGCCAGUGCAGUGCACAGCAUGGUUGGGCCAGUGUAUCCUCUACAUCCUCAUCAUGAUGUUUGAGAAAGUCCUUAUCAUGCUGGUCCUCCUCAUCCCCCAGUGGAAGAAGCUGGCUCUUCUCAACCCCAUAGAGAAUCCUGACCUGGAACUGGCCAUCGUCAUGCUCAUCGUUCCGUUCUUCGUCAACGCCCUCAUGUUCUGGGUGGUAGAUAAUUUCCUAAUGAAGAAGCACAGGACAAAAGCAAAGCUGGAGGAGAGAGAGGAAGACUCUCGGGGGAACGGCAAGGUGCGCUACAGGCGAGCUCUGUCUCAUGAUGACUCUGAGUCAGAGAUCCUUUUCUCAGCAGACGAUGAAAUGGAUGAGUCAGAUGAGGAUGACGUUCGUCGGCUCACUGGCCUGAAGACAGUGAAGAAGAAGAAGCUUCGCAUGGGGAUCCCUGUUUGAGCUGCGUGGUUAGAUGAACUGCCAUGAUAAAAUGUCCUCUGGUAGCUGUUCACCUCACAGGCCCACAUACCCAUUCCCCGUACCUCCACAGAUUUGGUGUCAGCCUUACAGGUUAACACGAUCAUUUCAAACAUAGGAUGCCCUUUUGAUGACAGAAGAAUAUACUGUAAUUGAAUUCCCUUUACUAUUGACUCCUGGAGGACUUCUGCAUAAACUGUGUCUAACCUGGGAUUUAAUUGUACACGCUGGGAGAUAUUUUUGCAGUUAACCGGGCACUUUGGAUCACUGUUGCAUUUUGACAUGGCACUCCUGGGGCCAGUGUUGUGUUUAAAGACACUGUCUAGGAAAAAGAACCUCGCCAUCAACAUAAUAUUGUUAAAUCCUUUAUGUUCGUAUAAUAGGUAAAGCAUUGGUUUCAUACUGUCUGGACUUCAGUGGUGGUGUGUCCAGGAUCAUGUUGGUUGGACAAAUCCAAAUGGCCACAACAGACCCAACUGCAUGCAAACAAAACUGUUGAAGGAGUUGGUUACAUUUCGUGGUCUGACUUGUCCUCUAAAGUGAUUGUAUUCCUGAUGUAGAUUCCAUGGUAACUUUGUCCUUUGUUUUCACAUGUAGAGGUACCACCAUGGCCUGUGAAAUGCAUAUCUGAGUGUGUGUAUAUGUUGUGUGUUUAGUUGGGGGCACCUCAAAAUUUACGUUACAAAUGUUUGAAUCACUGUAUUGAUGCAAAUCUAACCCACUCCGGCACAGUUACAGACUUUACCGCUGCAUAUCUUGUAUUUCAAGUUACCUGUGUCAAAGGGAGCACAUUAAUGCUUGCAGCAGCCUUCCACUUUGUCCUUCUGACUGAGUCUUUUCUGUUAAACUGUUAAACCUCACUGCAAGCACCACACACUGCAACACCUUUCUAAUGUCAGCUCAGCCAGUGUUGUCUGUCUGUAAACACAAGCCUGCAGUUGUUUGUGACAGUUUUACUAAUGUGCUCUGACUGUGUGUUCUUUGUCUUUGAAUGUCUUUUGUUUCAUUUUGAGUUGUUGGGUUUUUUAGUAUACAUUUUGAGUGUUAUUUUUGGGCCAAAAAGGUGACUAUGCUUGUUCCAAAAGUGUUCUUUAUCCCUUCACUCCAACAGGGAGAGUAGAAUUGGGAACAAUUUCUUGCACAAUUUCCCAUUCAUCACAACUUUCAUCUUUCCUUUUGUGUUUGUGUGAUUUAUUUUGUUGUUGUAGUUACAAUAAUGUGCCUGAGUGAAAUUACCAGCAGGUGUUUUGUUUGUUUGAUUUAGUUUUUUUUUUUUUUACUGUUCAAUCCAGAGCUCCAGAUCUUCAGUCAUGAAGCAGCAUUCAGCAGGCUCUGAUGUUAAGAAUGUGACAUGCAUAGACCUCUAAACUGUUGAAUGACUAUGGACCAGACAGUCUGGAGAAAGUGUGAAUGGGUUUUUUGUGUACAUUGUAUAUGCUAUAUACAAUAUACCUGUAUGUACGGGCGUGUGCUGAAUGCAUGUGUGCAUAGUCGUGUGGCUGCUGGUCCUCCUAUAAAAUAAAUGGAGAGUGACAUAAACUGUGACUGUGAUGACUAUGGUAAUGGUGAUGAUUUCAUUAAGAUAUUUUUGGCAUGUUUAAAGGCGGAAACUACAGCAUCUUGUAGCAGUUAUGGAAACUCUGCUUAACCAGGACAAAGAGGGCUUUUAGUAUUUAGCAAAGUGAAACUACUAGAUGAUUACAAAGGCAAGUGAUGGCGAUAAAUUGGUGAUAAAUUAUCAUUAUAAAUGCUUUUCCAAUAAAGGAUGUGAUACACUA